UUUGAAGAGCCGCCACUACUCGACACCUCACGUCCCCCACCGAGGAAUAAGGUCAAACUACCUCUGUCUCAGAAGCUGCCGCCUCAGUCCCCCACACAUCUGGAAAGCCUGGCCCAGUCCAGUCUCCGAAGCAUUUACGAGAGCGUUGGUGAAAACGAAGAUGCCCCCGUGCCCUCUGUCACUCCGGUCUCCCCGGCCUACCGUCUCAGCAGCCUGCUCUCUAUGCAGCGGCUUUCGGUUAAUGCAGACAUCCAGAGUCCCCCCAUGUCCGACAGCAUGUGUAUGAUCGUGUCUAAUAACAAUUCUGCUCGCGCCUCCAUAGAGCACUCGCCCUGCUGGGUAGCCAAAAACAGUAACCGUAACAGAACCCUCCUUCGGCCGCAGGCGGUGGCCGCCUUGGACAGCGCAGAUUUCGAUCCCUGUUCCCUCAACUCCAACUCCCUAACUAUGCGACCAAGAGGAGUAAAUCUGAUAACUAACUGGAGGGAGUCCGCCCUGAGUUUUCAGAAUCUGGAAGCCGAUGAUGAGCCGGAGGACAGCGAAGCAAAUUACCAUGAGAAAGAAAAGGAGGCCCUGUUGCCACCCUCCCUAGAAGACCAAGUAUUUUCCUUGCCAAACACUGCAUCACCUCACAUGGGAACAGCAUAA